CGACGUCAGCCUGUCCCACGGUCUUCAUAUCGCGCUUUUUUACCUCCAUCGUACUCUACAGGCUACGCAACUUUACAUGCAACACACAAGUGCCCUCGAGUAACCCGUGUACAGAUAAAUAAGUCGAGUAUGAUUAGAAACCCUCUCGUUCUGCUAAUUCUAUCACCCACUGAUUCAAGUGUUACACAAUCCGCGACGUAACUUUACUGUGUUGUGCUACGUGUGUUUCAUUUAUUUACUUUUUUAUUAGUUUGCAGUGAAUGAGUUUUUGAAAGUGGACAUAAAAAAGUGAGUGAAGCUAUUCGGCCAGGAGAUGUUGGAGUGAAUAACGAGUAUAUCAAUCAAGUGUCCGACGGUUUAGCUAGUGAGAGUGUAUGUUGAACGAUGGCUGUAAAACAGUGCUAUUACUUAAUCGUGACUGUUGGAUUGGCCGCAGUGGUUAUCUCACAAAAUCCCAUUGAUGAACGGACCACCUUCGAAGCUGCAUUCCAGGGAAGAUGCGGUCACAAUUCACCCUGCGAGCAGCUGUGUUACGAACUUCACGAUGGAAUGUAUGAGUGUGAUUGCAAAGACGGAUUUAUCCUUCACAAAAAUGGAUAUAGUUGUGCAAAAUUGAAUUCAACAUCACCAUCGGCGACUGAUUCUCGCGAUCCUUUUGAUGACACCGACAGUGAUGAAGAAACGGAAAUAACGAUUGAUGGAAAAGAAAAUAUUUACUAUAUGCCAGAUUCAUUGUUUACAGUACGUUUGGAAUCACUGAGGGAAAAAUUGAAUCUAACAGACAGAAAAAACCCUCAAGAUUUAUCUAAUGAAAUUCCGAAUGAUCCCAUUAGUUUUCCAACAUCAGAGAGCCCAAACUUGGAACAGAAAGUUCCGGUAACAACGGAAAACGUUGUGACAACGGAGCCAGCUUGUUCUCUGGACUGUGGAGCUGCGGGAAAUUGUUACGUCGAACAAUUUCGUAACGACGAGGAAGGCGAUGGGAAUGGAGACGAUGUUGCUCGCAUUGACGACACGAGACCAAGGCGGAGCUCUUACAAGCAAAGAUGUCAGUGUCCACUCGGCAGAACUGGGGAUCGAUGUCAAAACGAAGCAGAAGUUAAGUCACCGAGAUUUACGGGACACGGGUGGCUGGCAUUUCCAGCUUUGAAGGCUGCUUAUAAGCACAUUCAGCUAGACCUAGAAUUCAGGCCGGAAGCUUGGGAUGGAAUUCUUAUACUCACGGGCGAACGUGAUGAUCUACAGGGUGAUUUUAUGGCACUCAUACUUCAUCACGGUUUCAUUGAGUUCAGAUUUGAUUGUGGCAGCGGAGUCGGAAUCGUAAGGAGCGCAGAGACAGUAAAGUUGAAUGAAUGGAACACCCUGAAUGUAUAUAGACACCGCUGGGAUGCUUGGAUUCAACUAAAUGGAGGCAAACGUGUCCAAGGAAGAUCUAAGGGUUUAUUCUCCAGAAUAACAUUCCAAGAGCCGCUGUUUGUCGGUGGCCCUGGUAACACAACCGGUCUGGAUCGACUUCCGGUCAGGACUGGAUUCAAAGGAUGCAUAAGACAUCUAGAGGCCAAUGAACACCGUUAUCGUUUUCCUCUUGCGCCUCAGGGAGAUGCUGCUAAUGGCUUUGACGUUGAGGAAUGCACAGCUGACAGAUGCAGUAAGGUACCAUGUUCCCACGGGGGUAAAUGUCUCACCACUGGCGGAGACACGGCAGUUUGUCUCUGUCCCCUUGGUUACACCGGCGAUCUCUGUGAAACCCGUGUCGAUUUACAGGUACCAUCAUUCAAUGGGUCAUCAUAUUUACGGUAUCCUGGGCUUGGAGAUAGUUCCCUGUCAUGGCUCGAAUUGUCAAUAAUACUAAAGCCCACGACACAGGACGGUGUAAUCCUUUACAAUGGACACCACAGUGAUGCCACGGGGGAUUUCAUCGCUCUCUACCUUUCAUCUGGUCACGUGGAAUUCACUUUUGACUUGGGAACUGGUCCAGCCACGCUGAGAAGUGAAUCACCAGUACAACUUGGUGAGUGGCUUGAGAUUCGUGUCUCAAGAACAGGAAGACUGGCUUCUCUAGAGGUUGAGAAUGAACCAGCGCAAGAGAUCUUGGCCCCUGGGGCUUUCACUCAGCUCUCGCUCCCAUUAAAUCUCUACCUGGGUGGAGCACCGUCUCCUGAAAUGUUCACACCUAAAAUGAAAACGGCAGCCAGCUUCGUUGGAUGUAUUCAAACUGUUGUUCUUAAUCAUCGCGAGGUCGGUAUCCUCGCCGAAGCACUUGGUGGAGUGAACGUGGGUAAUUGCGGUCAUGCAUGUGAAGCCCGUCCAUGCGGCGAUGCUGAGUGCCGACCUUUGAGAGAGAGAUUCACGUGCAGAUGUCACCCAGGUACGCCACAUCCAUGCCCAGCUCCAGAAGAAUUUAUAUCAUCACCCCCGGAGCCCUCGCUACCCGCAAGUACAAGCGCUUCUCUGAUGCUACUCAGUAAAUACGAAAGAAGUGUCCCCAGCUUCACUGGAACAGACAGCUAUCUUCAUUACAGUGAUGCUGAUACCAUGAAGAGGAUAAUAAGUUAUCGAGUAGACAUAAACAUGAGAUUUAGAACAAGUAGCAGUAAUGGAUUGUUACUGUGGAGUGGAAGGCAAUCAGAUCCUCAAGAACAGCGUGACGAAAACGAGGACUUUCUUGCGCUUGGUUUGAAUCAGGGUUAUCUUACCCUGGCCUAUAAUCUUGGCUCGGGGGAGGCUGUACUGAGAUACAAUCUUACUAGAUUGGAUGACGAUCUGUGGCACCGCAUUAGAGCCGUAAGGAAUGAACAAUGGGCGUCAUUAGUCGUGGAUAGUGGAACAGGUGUAUCAGCCUCAUCACCAGGACAAUUGAGAGAAUUAAAUACCGAUACUGGUCUCUACAUAGGAGGAGCGCCAGACGUAGUGAGAACAACUGACGGAAGAUAUACUAAAGGAAUCGUUGGCUGUAUCAGUGAUCUAGUACUGGAUUCCGAUUUCUCGGUGGUUCUCUCUUCGCCUGAGCAGGCAACCAACACGCACUCGUGCAUCCCCUGAGCCUACCGCAGGACCACGGAUGUCCAAGUUCGUAAGCACGGAGCGUGAAACCGCGACAGGAAAAUUCAUGGACUUGGAGUUGAUAGUGUACAAGUCCCUUAGGCCAAUCCAUACACCGUCAAGACUUGCUCUCGUCCACCAAUUUAUCUAUCCCUUAUUUUUUUUUUCUUUUAUUACAACUUUACCUCACCACCUAAUGGUAAACUCAUGUACUUUAUUUAUUUUUUAUUUUUUAAUAUAAAAAAAAAUGUAUAUCAGUAAAUUAAUUAAGGCGACAAAUAUCUAAGAAAUAUGUAAAUAUAAAUGUAAAGCUU